AUGCGUAUUUUACGCGAAUAUUUCCUCUUGGUCCUCGUCUUGCUGUUCUCCCCCGUCACAGCGAUCGGCACAUCAUGCUUCAAAGUCGUCUCCGCACUGGUUAGCCGACCAGGCCACCUCUUUGAUAAAUUCCAGAGUGAAAUCUGCGACGCUGGAUGUCAGCCGACCGUUCCCCACUGGGAUCUAUGGACGCGCAACAACACCUUUGUCCCCGCCGUGCGCAGCCUGAUACAGCGCAUGAAUGUGCCCCACAAGGAAGAGGCUCUGCUGAAGAUGGGCGACGAUGUUGCAAUCAACAUCAAGCAAAGCUGUGGACCAUUGCUGGGUGGCGGAGUACAUAUCUGCUCUGAUUCGGAGACUCUAGCUGGGUUUGGCAACUGCUUUAAGCGCAAUUUCCUCAAGGCAUCGAUCAAACAUCUUUCUAUUUUGAUUCCGAUGGCAUCGGAGGAAUCGUGCAAGGAGCAGCUUAGAUUCUUGGAGAGUGAUGAGCUGUGGGAUAUUACGAUUCCUCAGAACAUGAGGGAUUACGCGAAAGUGUGCGAUACUUUGGGACAUAAUGACCAUGACGAAUUGUGA